AUGUCGUACGUGUCUUUCGCGGCGAGCUACUCGCCUGGUGAAGGGAAAACAGUUCGUAAUAUGAACGACAAGGUAGAAGGGUACCGCAAGGAGAUUGCGCCGAGUCGCGAAAACGUCGAUUUCGAACACUUGCGACGAACACCGCGAGAUCAUCUACCCGAGAACGAUUAUCAGACGACAAGUAGCAGUGGUUUAGCCGGUGGGGACGUCAAACCCUAUCAGUACCGCGACUAUCAUCAGCAUCAAAAACACGAAUAUUACGGUGAAGGUGUUCAAGACGGCUUGGGAGAGAUUGAAGACAACAAAGACGAGACAAUGAGAAAGUACGAAAUGCAAGUACGAGUUCCGACGACCGGUGCACCACCAGUUCGCGCAGACGCUAGUGGAACCGAUCAAGAAGACUUCAACAACGAGACACUCUACUUUGAAAGAUCACGUAUUCGAACACUGCAAGACGAGCGUGUGCAUAUUCAGAAGAAGACAUUCACAAAAUGGUGCAACUCCUUUCUUAAUCGGGCAAGUUUGGAGAUUGUCGACCUUUUCGAAGAUGUCGGAGAUGGAAUUCUGCUCAUGAAACUUCUGGAAAUUAUUUCUGGAGACAAACUCGGAAAGCCGAAUCGUGGACGAAUGCGUGUACAAAAAGUCGAAAAUCUGAACAAAGUUCUUGAUUUUUUGAAAAAGAAGAAAAUCCAAUUGGAAAAUAUUGGAGCCGAAGACAUUCUUGACAGAAACGAAAGACUCAUUUUGGGUCUCAUCUGGACUAUUAUCCUCAGAUUCCAGAUUGACACUAUUGUUAUUGAGGAUGAAGAAGAAAGGGGAGAGAGGAAACAUGCCAAAGACGCCUUACUUCUUUGGUGUCAACGAAAAACAGCAGGUUAUCCAAACGUUCGCAUCGAAAAUUUCACAACAAGUUGGCGUAAUGGACUUGCUUUCAACGCCCUCAUUCACUCACAUCGUCCGGAUUUGGUCGAUUUUAAUCGUCUUAAUCCAAAUGAGCACGUUGAUAACCUCAAUCACGCUUUCGAUGUCGCCGAGAAGAAGUUGGAGAUCGCUCGUCUUCUUGAUGCUGAAGACGUCGAUGUUACCAGACCAGAUGAGAAGUCGAUCAUCACUUACGUCUCCCUGUAUUACCAUCACUUUGCUAAACAAAAGACAGAAAUGACUGGAGCCAGACGUAUUGCUAACAUCGUCGGAAAACUCAUGGUCUCUGAAACCAUGGAGGACGACUACGAGCACAUUGCAUCUGAGCUUCUCAACUGGAUCCGUGUCACCAUCAAAACAUUGGAAUCUCGCCGUUUCCCUAACUCACUCAACGGAAUGCGUGAAGAACAUGCCAAGUUCAAUCAAUUCCGUACAAGUGAGAAACCACCAAAAUACAAGGAAAAGGGAGAAUUGGAAGCUCUUUUCUUCACAAUUCAAACCAAACGAAAGGCGAUGAGUCGUAAACAAUAUCAACCACCACAAGGAUUGUUCAUGCACGAUAUUGAGUCUGCUUGGGCUCAAUUGGACUAUGCUGAAAACGAGAGACAAGUAGCGAUUAUUGCUGAACUUCAAAGACAAGAGAAGUUGGAACAACUUGCACAAAGAUUUCACAAAAAAGCAAAGCUGCGAGACAGUUGGCUCAGAUCUGUUCAAGUGGUUCUCGAAGAAAUGGAACACGGACGCAGUGCGUCGCAAGUUGAGAAAACUUUAAAGAAGCAGCAAGCCAUUUCCACUGAUAUUUUGGCUCGUGAAGAUCGUUUCAAGAUGUUGACAGCAAUGUGCAAUGAGUUAUGCACAGAGAAGUAUCAUGAAUCUGACAAGGUUCGUGGGAUGGAAAGAGAAAUCAUCGACCGCUGGACACAAUUGUUGGCACUCCUUGAGCAGCGUAAACGAGCUCUUAUGAGUUUGAAUGAUUUGAUGUCUCUUCUUCGUGACAUUGAUACUCUUUCCAACGAGUUAUACGCUUUGGAACCAGCCGUCAGAAAUCGUGAUGUUGGAAAACAUUUGAUCGGUGUUGAAGACCUUCUUGGAAAACACGAUCUCGUUGAUGCUCAGAUCAAUGCUCACGGAUCUCUCCUUUCAAAACUCUCACAGGCUGCUAACAACUAUAUUCGUCACAAAGAAGAACAAUUUGAUGUGCUCCAGAGAAAGCUAGAUGAAGUUACUGCUCAAUACAACACACUCGUUGAGUUGUGUCGCUCAAGACGUCUUGCUUUGGAAAGAGCUCGUUCCUUGUUCCAGUUCAUUCAAGAUCAUGAAGAAGAAAUGGCUUGGCUCGCCGAGAAAGAGAAGUUGUGUACUACAGCACUGAGCAGUGGAGAUGUUUCUGCCGUUCCACAAACCACUCUGCUUUACAAGAACGUUGAGAUGGAAAUGCAAACACACUGGGCUCGAAGCAAAGGAAUGAUUGCUGGAGGAGAACGACUCGUUCAAAAUGGUCAAUCUAAGGAAGAUAUACAACGAAGAUUGACUCAAAUGAAUCAAGGAUGGGAAAGACUUCGUGUUGCUGUUGAUGCUCUCGGAAAUUGGUUGUCUGAAGCUCGUCAUGCUCAACAAUAUUUCCAAGAUGCUAAUGAAGCUGAAUCCUGGAUUCGUGAAAAGAUGCCACUUGUCAAGUCUGAUGAUUUGGGGCGUGAUGAAGGAGCUGCUGAGUCGCUGCUACAACGGCAUGCUCGUCUCGAGGAGGAGAUUCGCGCAUACAAGAAUGACAUCACACGUCUUGAAGAAAUGCAAAGCCAACUCGCCAACAGUGCUUUCCACACUGCAACUACGAGCCAAUCUGUUCAAGAGACCGAAGAAGUAACAGUUCCUCAAAUCGAGAUGUCAUACAAAUAUGAAGGAAAUGGAAUGCGUGUUGGAAAGGGAGAGAUUCUCGCUCUUCUUGAAAAGUCUACACCUGAAUGGUGGAGAGCUUUGAAGCGAGACGGAACCGAAGGUUAUGUGCCUGCAAACUACUGUAAAAUCGUUCCGGGUGAAUCUGUGACAGUUACCCAAACAACACAAAAGACCACGACUACAGUCGAAGGAAAUGAGACGAAGAGUUCCGUAGUUGCAGACAGACAACACAAGAUUUCCAACGAUUAUCGCGAGCUGAGAAGACUCGGUGAUGUCCGACGACGCCUUCUUUCUGAUAACAUCAAACUUCUUCGCUUCUACCGAGAAUGUGAUGAUUUCGAGAGAUGGGCGAAAGAAAUUGAAGUAUCAUUGGCUGAUGAACCAUCUCCAGAACAUGUUGCUGCAUUCCGUCGUAAAUUCGAUAAGCUCGAAGCUGAUAUGAAGACUAAUGGAGGAACACAGCUGAAGCAUAUUAAUGACAUUGCAAAUGAUUUGAUCUCUGAAGGACAUGGACAGUCUAGACAAAUUGAAUCCCGUCAACACAAGAUCAAUGCUAUGUGGGAGAAUUUGGAGCGACUCAGAAAGCAAAGAGCUGUUCGUCUCGAAGCCACAGAACGUGUUGCUGAUUUUGAUACUACUUGUGAAAGUGCUCGUGAAUGGAUGCUCGGAAAAUUCGAGCAACUUGAUCGUAAUCCAAAUGAUGUCAAGAGUCUUCAAAACUUGGAACGUGAUCUGAAGCCCCUGGAGGAUAAGAUCGCUGCGCUGGAGAAAUUGGCUGCUGCCGUUAAGAAAGAUCAUCCAGAAGAAGCUGCUGCUAUCGAAAGAAAGAUCGCUGAGUUGAGAGCUCUUCACGCUGAUCUUUUGAGACGUGCUCAGGAGAAGAUGUUGCUUGCAGAGCAGACUCAAGGAAAGGAGAUGUUCGAAUCUGCUCUUCGUGAUAUGAUGGGAUGGAUCGAGAAGACUCGUAAAGGAAUGUUGGAAGAUGUUCACCCAGUUGAUGUAGCUGAAGCCGAAGAACUCCUCAAGAAGCAUUAUGAACUCGGAGAACAGAUUAAGGAUAAGAAGUACGAAGUUGAAUAUUGUCAAGAGCUCGGACGGCGUCUCCUUGAACGUAGCCCACGUAUGCCGAAGGUUGAGGAACAAUUACAGAACCUUGUCUCCGAAAUGGCCGCUCUUCGUGAUCUUUAUCGUCGACGUGAUACUAUUUUGAAGCAACAACUUGAUCUCCAACUUUUCAACCGCGAGUCUGAACGUAUUGAUGCAGCCACCAAAGGACAUGAAGCAUUCCUUGAGUUCGAUAACCUUGGAGAUUCUGUGGAAUCCGUUGAAAACUUGCUGAAAAGACAUCGUGACUUAGAAGCAAAGCUUGAUGCCCAGGAAGCUAGACUUGAAGCUUUCUCUCGUACUGCAGAUGAUAUGAUCAAGGCUCAACACGCUGAUUCUGCUUACAUCGAGCAGAGAAGGAGAGAUGUUCUUGCCAGAAGAGAAGCUGUACGACGUGCUGCUGCCCAACGAAAGAAGCAAUUGGAAGCCUCCCUUGAAUAUCAAGAAAUGCGUCGUGAGGCCGAUGAAGUUAUGGGAUGGAUGCAUGAGAAGGCCAAAUUGGUUGCUAGCGGAGAUGAUACAGCACUUACACCAUCUGCGAUUCCGCAUCGUCUCUUGAAACACGAAGCCUUUGAAGCUGAGAUUAUUGCAAACGAUUCACGCAUUCAGCAGAUCAACAAAGAAGGAGAUGGUUUGAUUGCAAAGAAACACUACGAAUCACCAAAUGUUGAAAAGAUUGUUCGACAAGUCAACGCUCAAUGGGGAGACUUGAAGAAACAAGUUUACAACAAAGGUCAACGACUCCGUCAGGCUGCUGAUCAGAAAGGACUUGAUAGAAUUUUGGAAGAUGCUCAUGCUAAACUCGAUGAAAUGGAAUCUGCGUUGAACUCGAAGGAUCAAGGACUCGAUCUAAGAUCCGUCAAAGACUUGUUGCAAAAGCACACAGUUCUCGAACAAGAAAUGGGACUUUACGGAAACAAGCUUUCUGAUAUCGAGAAUCGUGGGAAGAAAAUGGCUGUUGAGGGACAUUAUGAUGCAGACAAGAUUCAUUCGACUGUUGGAGAUCUUCUUAAACGCUAUGCUGCUAUGAAAGGACCAGCUAAACGUAGAAAGGGUGAUCUCGAUGAGUCUCGUCUUUGGCAUCAGCUUGUGUUCGAUGUUGAUUGUGAACUACAAUGGAUUGCCGAGAAGAAACCAAUCGCUUCAUCCCAAGACAAUGGUCGCACUUUGACUGAAGCUCUAAAUAUGGUUAAGAAGCAGGAACAAUUGGAAGCUGAAGUGAAUCAACAUGGAGGACAAAUUGAUAAAGUUCUUGGACAAGCUUCUGAACUUGUCAAGAGACAUCAUCCAGCUUCUUCACAAAUCAAGUCGAAGAGCGGUGAACUUGAAACUGCAUGGAGUGAGUUGAGACGUCUUCUUCGUGCCAGACGUGCUAUCGUUGAUUGGGGAGUCAAAGAACAACAGUAUCUAUUCGAUGCUGCUGAAGUUGAGUCAUGGAUGAACGAGAAGCGUAAUGCUUUGGCAUCAGAAGAUUAUGGAAGCGAUGAAGAUGCUGCAAGAAAGCUUCUCGCUAAACACCGUGCUCUCUGUGAGGAUAUGACUACCUACCGGCAAUGGCUUGAAAAGCUUGAAGUCAAAUGCUCCGAACUUGUUCAAUCCGACCGCCCACACAUUGAUCGGUUCCAGAAGAGACAAGAUGAAUUGGUUCAUGAGUUUGAUGCAUUGAGUAAGCUCGCUGAAGAUCGUAGAAAUGCUCUGGAAGACGCUGUUUGUCUCUAUGAGUACAUGAGAGAAUCUGCUGAUUUGGAGCAAUGGAUUGGAGAGCAGUUGCAAACAGCUCUGUGUGAAGAUUUUGCUGAAGAUUAUGAGCAUCUCAAGGAAUUGCAAUCCAAGUUUGACGAGUUCAAGCAGAGUGUGAAAACUGGAAGUGAACGAUUUACAUCCUGCGAAACUGCUGCCAAUGCUAUUCUCCGACGCAAUCCACCAUUUGCCAGAGAUGUCGUGAAGAAGCAAGAGAAGCUUAGAUCGGCUUGGAACCUCCUCUGCGAGUACAUUGAAACACGUACCGCCAAAUUGGCAGUUGCUGAGGAACUCCACCGGUUCCAUCGUGAUGUUGAUGAGUUCGAACAAUGGAUGGCUGACAAGAUGGCUAACAUGCCACGUGAUCUUGGAAGAGAUGUGAAACAUGUGCAUUCUUUGUGGCAACAACAUGAGGCUCUCGACAAGGAGACUCAUAAUGCUCAACCACGACUAACUCAACUCGUUGAAGAGGCCGAGAGACUGAAGAAGACUUAUCCUGGAGGAAAUGCUGAGCAAAUUGGAGGAAGACAGCAGACUUUGGUAGAAGAAUGGGAAGAGUUGAGAAAUGCUACAGACGACAGAAAGGACAUGUUGAGAGCAGCUUUCGAUUUGCACACAUUCAACGGAAAAGUCAGAGACUUGCUUGCUUGGACUGAUUUGACUAUCAGUGACAUUCAAUCGGAUCUUCAUAUCAAUGAUCUUCAACAAGCGGAAUGGCUUCAAACUGAACAUUCUAGAUUGAGUCAUGAGAUGGACGCAAGAGAACCAGAGUUUACUAGACUUGUUGGCGAUGGUGAAAAGAUGGUAAAUGCUCAGCACUAUGCUACAGAGGAGAUUAAGAACAAGACCAGACUUCUCAAAACUGCUCUUGAGCGUCUUCGAAGUGAAUGGACUUUGAGAAACGGAUACCUAUCGCAAGCUGUUCAGUGGCACGCAUUCCAACGAGAAGCUAAGCAAAUCAUCGCUUCAAUUGGAUCCAAGAGAACCACUCUUCGCAGUUUGGCUGUUGGAGGAUCUGUAGCUGAUGUUGAGAGUCAGAAAAAGAGACUCGACACAUUCGAAAAAGCACUGUCCACUCUUGAUGAGCGUACCGUUACUUUGGAUCAUACUGCUAAUGAAUUGAUGAAGGCUCGUCAUAUGGAAUCGAAGAAUAUCGCGAUGUGGCAAUCUAAGGUUCAUGAAGAACUCAAGCUGCUCCGUGAAGAUAUUGAAGCUAGACAUGCUAUGUUGAAGGACGCGUUUGCUCUCGCUUCAUUCGGAAGUGAUGUUGCUCAAAUUGAAGCUUGGAUUGAUGAGAAGACUAAUGGAAUUCGCAAGGCUCGCGAUCAAUCUAGCGAGAGUAUCUCUAUUGAGGAGAAGAUGAAAAGACUGCAAACUCAUCAAGCUCUUGAAGCGGAAGUUGCUGCCAACAAAACGAUUGUCGAUCAAAUUCUCCAACGCGGACAACAGUUGAAGAGUCUUCACCGUAAUCCAAAAAUUGCUGAUCGUUGCGAUGAACUUAAUGUGAAAUGGAGUCAACUUGCUGGCGCUUGUGCUGAUCAAUCCAGAGCCCUCGAAGAAGCGAGAGAUCUUCUCAGAUUCAAACAACUCGUUGAGAACGUACUCGCAUGGAUCAAUGAGAAGGAAGUUCUUGUAUCGACUGCCGAUAUGGGAAGAGACAUGGAACAUUGUCGAUUGUUGCUUGAACGUUUGGAUGGAACUCGUUCCGAUUCCACAGUAGAUGAGCAGACUCUCGAUGAAAUUAACCGUCUCGGAGAGAAACUUGUAAAGCAAGGAAGAUCAAGCCGCGAUCAAGUUCAAAAGGAGCAACAACAUCUCAAUGAAAAAUGGCGUCUCUUACUCGGACAACUGUCACACUACCGUACUGAUCUUAUGGCUGCCAUGGAAGUUCAUACUUUCAAUCGGGAUGUUGAAGACACUGAUGAACGUAUCCACGAAAAGAUUGCCGCUAUGAAGAGCGAUGAUUUCGGAAAAGACUUUGCCAGUGUGGAACUUCUUGUUCGUAAGCAGUCAGCUCUCGAGAGAGACAUGAGUGCGAUCCAUCAAAAGCUCAUCGCCCAUGACAGAGAUGCUCAGAAGAUUCUUGAGAAAAGACCACCACUCAAAGACACUAUUCUCGAUUCGUUGAAGAAGUUGGAAGAGAGCUGGAAGCAGUUGUCUGAAGCCGCUGAAGCAAGAAAUGACAAGUUGAAUCGGUCCUUCAAACUUUAUAAAUAUCUUGAUGAUGUUAAAAAGACCGAACAGUGGGCAAAUCAAGUCAGAAACAAGAUGACAUCUCACCAAACACCGAAAGAUAGUAGUGGUGCUCGCAAACUUCUGGAACAACAUCACGAGCGUAAAGCUGAGAUCGACGGAAGAGCUGAAGAGUUACGUCAAUUGCAUGAAGAAGGACAAGCUCUGAAUCAAGAACAACCAGAACAUAAGGCUGAAGUUCAGAGAGCUCACAAACGUGUCCAAAACUCCGAACAUCAAUUGAGACAGACUUGGGAAAGCGAGAAGGGAACUCUUCAGAAGCUUCUCGAAUGGAUGCUAUGGUGCGACGAGGCAGUUCAGUGUGAACAGUGGCUCGCUGAUAAGGAGAAUCAAAUCGCUCGUGGAGAACUUGGUGAUACUUCUGAUGCUGUCGAAAUGCUUAUUAAGGGACACAGUGCUUUCGAAGAUACUGUUCGCAAACAGAGUGAGAAGAUUGAUGUGCUCGCCAAGAAUGCCGAUGCUCUCGUGUCUGGAGGAAACAACUACCGUGCUGAUAUAAUUACCCGCAAGGAAGAAGUUACUGCAAGACAUGCACUUCUUCUCAAGAGUGUCACCAAGAGAAAGGAUAUGUUGGAGGAUUCGAAGAGAUACCACGAAUUCAUUCGCCAUUGUGGAGAACUCAUAAUCUGGAUAACUGCCAAAUUGCAGCUUGCUUACGAUGAGAGCUUCUUGGAUCAUACCAACUUGCGUUCCAAACUUCAGAAGCAUAUGGCUUUCGAUUCAGAACUAGUCGAAAAUGAGAAACGCUUGUCAACUGUUGAAAGACAAGGAGAAGAACUGGUAGCUGACAAUCACUUCAUGAGUGAACAAGUGAAAGCGCAACUUGUCGAGUUGAGAUCUGGAUGGGACGAGCUUAGAACAAAAUCUGCUCUCAAAACACAACGUCUUCGUGAGGCAUUCGAACUCCACUCACUUCAGCGGAAGGUAGAAGAUAUAGAGAAAUGGCUUGACAAGGUUGAAGGAGAACUUGCUUCUGAAGAUCAUGGAAGAGAUAUGCUAUCCACUCAACUUCUUAUCAAGAAACUAGACACUCUUCAAACUGAAAUCGCUGGACGUUCUGAUGCAGUUGUCGAGAUGAUGAAGAAAGCACGAGAGUUGAGAGUUCAAGGAUCAGCUGCUGCUGAUGACUGUCUCAAGCAAGCCGAACAAGUUGAGGCUCGUUAUUCUAGUCUUGGUGAACCUGUCGAUAUUCGUAGAGCUAAUCUAGUUGACGCUCAAGCCUUCUUCGAAUGGGUAAAAGCUGCUGAAGAGGAUCUUGAAUGGCUCUCCGAUAAGAUGCCGUUGGCAAGCAGUGGAGAAUCUGGUGACUCAUUGCAAAGUGCUCUGUCACUUCAGAAGAAACAUGCUGCUUUGGAAAAGGAACUCGAUACUCGCCAGUCAGCCAUGGAUGAUACCGAGAAACGCGGAAAGGAUAUGAUUCGUCAACGUCAUUUUGCCUCUGGACACAUUCAGAAAAUCCUCGACAGACUUUCAACUGCAAUGCUCACAUUGAAGGAGAGCUGCGGAUUAAGACGUGAUCUUCUCCAAGAAGCCAUCGAUGCUCAUGAGUACUACACCGAAGAAACUGAAGCUGAACAGUGGCUCCGUGAACAGAUGCCACUUGCAAUGAGUCAAGAAAUGGGAAGAGAUCAAGCUGGAGCUGAAAGUCACUUGAGACGAUUGACUGUUUUGGAUAAAGAAGUUGAGUUGUUCAAGAAUGAAAUUGAUCGACUCAAAAAACGAGCUGAUGGACUUCUCGCUAGAGAGCACCACGAUGCUAUGUCGAUUGCUGCAAAACAACGAAAAUUGGAGGCUUUGUUCGGAGAUCUCUGCAGAGAGUGUGCUAGAAGAAGAACUCAAAUUGUCGAUGCCUCCAAAUAUCACAAGUUCGUUCGACAGGCCGAUGAUUUGUCGGACUGGUUACGUGAAAAGGAAAGAACCGCUUCUGCUGAAGAAUACGGACAAGACCUCGAAGACUGCCAACAAAUAAUUGAACAAUUCGAAUCGACUGUUCGCGAAUUGGCUGCUGCUGGAGAACGUGUUGCUCUUGUUCAACGUUCACAAGAAGAUCUAUUGAGAAGUGGACAUCCAUAUGGAGCAUCAAUUACUGCAAAGGGAGCUGAUGUUCAAAGACUCUGGACUCAUGUCAAUGAAGUUGCUAACGAAAGAAAGCAGGCAUUGAAUGGAGCUCGUCAAGUACAUCGUUUCGACCAAGAAGCUGAUCAAACUUUGAACUGGUUGCAAGACAAAGAAGCAACCGGAGUUGCUAUGGAACAAGAAGAUCUUUCUAGAGCUGAUCUUGCUUCUGUCAAGGCUCAAUUGCAGAGACAUGAUGAGUUCAUGCACGGAAUGAAGGCAGUUGAGAAACAAGUUGCUGAGUUAUGCCACGAAGCGGAACGACUCUGGAACUCCUUCCCAGAUACCAGACAUCAUUUGGAAGUUCGUAGAUUGGAUAUGGAAGAACAACUCAAAGAUAUCCUCGAAGCUGCUAAGAAGCAUUUGGAGAGACUUCGUCAUAUGCAGAGCUUGCAAUCUUACUUCCAAGAAUACCGUGAGAUGAUGCAAUGGAUGAAGAAUAUGCAGACUACAAUGACAUCAGAGCAACUGCCACGUGACGUCGCUUCCUGUGAAUCUCUUGUCCGUCGCCACGACGAAUACAAUCUCGAAAUGCAAGGACGUAAACCAUUUGUCGACGAUUUCGCUCGCCAAGGAAGAAGAAUGAUCCAGUCUAACCAUGUUUUGUCUCAAGAGAUUCAAGAAAAAGUUGAAGUUCUCGAAAAGUCAUGGGAGAUGCUGUGUGAAAUCUGGAAGGAUCGUGCUGAGUUGUACGAAGAGAACAUGGAUGUUCAGAAAUGGAAACAAAAUGCUGAACAACUCGAUUCAUGGCUGGAAGAACGCGCUGGACUUCUCGGAGAUGAUUGGAGAAUGGUCGAUUCAGUUGAAAUGGCAGAGAGUCAUCUUCGUGAUUUCGACGAUUUCCUCGUAACCCUUGAAGCACAAAACGAAAAAUGCGAGAUGGUGAAGCGUCUGACACUUGUCGAACAGAACUUCAGCCGCCUCAGAAGCAAGGAGAUUGAUCGAUCAAGAAUUGCAGAAGAAGAUCAAAAGAGAAGAGACACCAUCAAGAUUGUUGAGAAAGGAAACAUUCUGGCUAACCGUAGACAAGAAAGAGAACGAAGAAAGACUCAGGAGAUUUCGCUUCUUCGUCCAUCACCAUCAGGAGAAGAGUUCUCUACGCACACAAUGCCACGCAAGGAUCGAAAGGAUCGCGCUAAGACUACUGCCGAUUUGGCACCUGGAUCCGUUCAAAUCGGUGAGCUCCUUGCUUCAUCUUCCACUGUGACACCACUUCAAUCUGGUGUCGAAAUGACAAAGACUCCAUCAUUCACCACUCGUCGUACACAGUCUAUUCGUAAAGGAAGUCGCUGGGAAGAUAUGGGAGCAAUAGACAUGAAAGGAUUCUUCGAUCGUAAGCAAUGUCAACAGAGUGGAGGAAAACGUGCGACAAUUCGAUCAUGGAAGAACUAUUAUGGAAUUCUUUGCGGACAACUCCUGUGUUUCUUCAAGGACGAGCAACAAUUCAUAGAGAACAUUGCUGCCGCUCCACCAGUCUACAUCUACGGAGCACAAUGCGAACAGUAUCCAGAGUAUGCCAAGCGAAAGAAUGCGUUCCGACUUCUUCUGCAAGACGGUUCCGAAUUCAUGUUCUCGUGUCCAGACGAGCGUCAAAUGUUGGAAUGGGUUGCCAAGAUCAAGUUCCACGCUCAUCUCACUCCAAGCAAUCAGCUCAAGUCUUAUUCGUAUAAUGAUGAUCUCCUUCAAACCACCGGUACAGAACAACUGCCAAUGGUUGCACCAAGACGAAAUAUCGGCGGCCAUGACGUUGCAAACCGCCUAUCUCAUGCAUCCGCUUUCACAACCUCUGACGAUUUGGAUCAGCAUGAACUUGAUUAUUCGAGAGGGUGUACUUCUUUGCCACGUGGUAAACAUAGUGGUCAAAUCACAAUGCGUGAUUGUGCCACAUUACCAAGAGGAUUUGGGUCAGAUGUAGUGGAGCAGCAACCAACUGCAUUCUUCCCACCUUCUGGUCCACUACUUGCUACUCCAUCGGUAUUGACAAUGUCAUCCUCGUCGAUGACAGCAAACUCGGUACCGACAGUAGUAACUCGUAAGAUUGGAGUUGUCCGGAGAGCAAGUCGACGACAAUCUGUUUAUGCUGAGAGCAUUUAUGGAGAAGUAGAACAAGCUAUUGCAGAGGCUAAUCGAGUUUCUAUAAACGGCCCGAACGGAGAUCACGCUGAACUCCGCCAUACCAUCCAAACUCAUCCAGGAAGUUCCGGUUACACGGAAACUCUAAUGUACAAAGAGCACACAUCAUCUAAUUAUCAACCAAUGGAACGAUCCAUGUCGCCAAGAAGCCAACAAAACGGAGAAUUCAUUUCCUGGGUCGAAAGUAAUCAACAGAACCAGUCAAUGACCACUCCAGAUGGCAGAUCUACGUCUGCGAGCGUCGUUUCCACCCCUUCCAAUUAUGAUGAUAAUGAUUCUAUCAAAUCGUCAUCGAAACGAAAAGGAUUCGGUUCGCUGUUUAAGCGAGGCUCCAAAGUUUCAAAGUAG